AUGUAUAAUAAUAUAAAUAAUAUAUUAAAUUUAAAUAUAUUGGAAAAAAAUUAUUUAAAUUAUAUGUAUUAUUAUAAAUAUUAUAAUAUAAAAUAUUAUAAAUAUAAUAAUAAUUUAUAUUAUAUAUUUUUGGAUAAAUUUUAUAAUAAUAUUAUAAUUUUAAAAAAAAUAAAAAAAUUAUAUUUAAUUAAUGUAAAUAAAUUAUUAUUUUUUAUAAAAAAAAAAAAAUUUUUAUUUUUAUAUGAAAUAAUUAAAUAUAAUUGGUAUAAAUAUUUAUUAUUAAAUAAUAAUUAUAAUUUAUUUAUUAUUUGUAAUAAUUAUAUAAAAUAUUUAUAUAAGUAUAAUAUAAAAUUAAAUUUAUAUAUAAUAAAAAAUUUAUAUAAUAUAAAUAAUAAUUUAAUACAUAAUAAUAUUAUUUAUAAAAAUAAUUAUAAUAUAUAUAAUAAUCAAGUUAAUUAUUAUCAAUAUAAAUAUUUUAAUUUAUUUAUAAAUAAUAAUUUUUAUAAUAAGAUUUAUUAUAAUUAUAAUAAUAAUAAUAUUUUUAAUAUAUAUUUAAGUGAUAUUACAAUAGGAUUACAAUCAAUUAACAUAAUUUUUGAAAAUAAAAAUAUAAUAAAUAAUAUAUCUUUUAUUUCUAAUAAUAUUUUUGUUAUUUUUUAUAUUAGAUAUUAUAAUUAUUUAAAUAAUAUAAUAUAUAUAUAUAAUAUAUGUAAUAAAUAUAAAAUUAAAUAUUUUAGUUAUAAAUUAAAUUUUUAUUCAUAUAUUUUUGAAGAUAUAAGCUCUAUAAUAUAUAGUGGAUAUUCAUUAAAUACUGAUUUUUAUUGUAUAAAUAAAAAUUUAAAAUAUUAUUUCAAUUAUUUAUUAAAAAAUAUUAAUAUUUAUCAAUCUGCUAAAAGUUCAUUUAUAUAUAUAUAUAAUAUUUUAUUAGAAUCUAUUAUAAAACAAUAUAGUUAUCAAAAUAUUUAUUUACCUUCAAUUUAUUUUGAACUUGUAAUUAAAAAAAUGUUAUCAUGUAUAAAAAUAAUAUCUAAUAAUUUUAAAAUAUUUAAAUAUAAUGAUAUUAUACCAUUAUAUUUAAUUAAUAUAAUUAAUUAUUCUUUAAAUUUAAAUAAUAUUUAUAUUUAUAAAUAUGAACCUAUUAUUUUAGGAAUUACUAAAUCUAUUUUAGCUAAUUCAGGAUUUUUAACUAAUAUAAGUUUUCAAAAUACAUUUAAAAUAAUAAAUUUAAAUAUUUUAAAUAAUAAAAUAGAUUGGUUAAUAGAUAUAAAAUCUAAGAUUAUAAUGACUGAUUUAUUACCUGUAGGUAAUGGAUGGUAUAGAUAUUUAACAUUAUAA